AUGCGCUGGCUCAAUAUACGUUCUAUAGUGGCCUUUCUGCUGACUGUUAUUGUCGUUUUCCAAAUAUUUCCAGUCAUUUCCAUACCUAUAACGAAUAGUAUAAUUCUUUCGUCACAUGAAGGUCUCAGUUAUGGCGUCUUUGGAUGGUGUGUAACAGAACCAGGUAUGGAACCACAAUGUACUCGAACCAAAAUCGGAUAUGAUUCUUCAGAUCCCGCCAUUUUGGGGCAUAGCCUAUUUCUACCGUCCUCUUCCAAAUAUUCUGUUACAAAACUACUGGUAGUUCACCCAAUCGCAUUAACCCUAACAGUAAUUCUUUGGGCCAUGUCAUUAAUAAUCACGCUCUCUCGCAUGGGAACCUCCCCAUCAUUCAUACUACUCACGGCAUGUGUGUCACUAUUAGCAUUUCUUUUCUCAUUGUUUUGUUUCCUUGUGGACUUAUUACUUUUCAAAUUGGCUCUCCGUUGGCCAGGGUGGCUCAUGUUUGCAUCUACGGUCCUUAUUGCUGUAUGUUGCUCUCUAUUAUGGUCCCUGAGAAGGACAGUCUCGAUUCAGAAAUACGAAUCAUUAAGAAUGGGCAGCGAGGAAGAAGGAAACCGAUCAAAUUCCAUCAUAACGAGAGUCUCUUCCAAGAAAGACAAGAUUAACGUCGAAAGUUACGAAAUGAGUAACAUGGAUAGAUUAUCAUCCAUGGCUGCUAGUGCAAACUUGAGCUAUAUCGAGCCUCAACUAGCUUAUAAAGGAAGCAUCGUGUAA